GCCAUUUGUCAAAGUGGCUUGGAAGUUGAAUAAAAUAACUAAUACCUAUAUUUUCAUCGAAUAAUUUGAUAAUUUUAGUAUAUACACUUUUUAAUUAUCAAAUUAAAUUUGCUGGAAAUGGCAGAAUAUUUAGCCUCUAUAUUCGGAACAGAGAAAGACAAAGUAAAUUGUUCAUUUUAUUUUAAAAUUGGUGCAUGCCGUCAUGGAGAUCGGUGUUCGCGGAUACAUAAUAAACCAACAUUUUCUCAAACAGUUUUAUUGCAAAAUUUAUAUGUGAACCCUCAAAAUUCUGCUAAAUCUGCGGAUGGUAGCCAUUUGGUUGCAAACGUGUCUGAUGAAGAAAUGCAGGAACAUUACGAUAACUUCUUUGAAGAUGUAUUCGUUGAAUGUGAAGAUAAAUAUGGGGAAAUAGAAGAAAUGAAUGUUUGUGACAAUUUGGGAGAUCAUCUAGUUGGUAAUGUUUACAUCAAAUUUCGAAACGAGGAAGACGCUGAAAGAGCAGCAAAGGUAUUGAACAAUCGUUGGUUUGGUGGGCGCCCCGUAUAUGCUGAAUUGUCUCCAGUAACAGAUUUUAGGGAAGCUUGUUGUAGACAGUACGAAAUGGGUGAAUGCACACGUUCUGGAUUUUGCAAUUUUAUGCACUUGAAACCAAUAUCCAGGGAGUUGAGGAGAUACUUAUAUUCAAGAAGAGGUGGCCGCGGUUUUGGUGGAGGACGUUCUCGUAGCAGGUCAAGAUCUCCUAGAAAACGUCGUUCAAGAUCUAGAGAACGACGUAGAUCAAGAAGUAGGGAUCGAAAAGGAAGAUACUAAUUUUAUAUGAUUGAACAUAAGAAUAAAUGUUCGUUAAACUGUUUUUGUAAUUUCCGAAGGUGUAAAGUUUAUAUUUUAAAAAUAAUAUCAAAAUCGGAAUUUAUAUUAUGAAAGUCUUAUCAAAAAUUGUGUUUAACAUCCAUUUCACACAAAUUAAUAAAAAUACAGCAAAGAAAAUUGUAAAACCUACAAAUAAAUCUUAUUUUAUAUUUUAUUCUAAAA